AUGAAGCUGCAAGCUGUCGCUGCUCUGACCUCGCUGGUCUCGUCGGCUGCUGCUUCAACCCUGAACCCACCAGUGUUGCCAUUGAUUGUCAGGAACCCGUACCUCUCUACCUGGCUCGGCAACGCANGAGACAAGCCAUGGACCAAGUGGCCCAUGUUUUAUACUGGCGAAGAGCUAGUGUGCCCGAAACCAGACAUGCCUAUCCUCUACUCGGCCGCCCUCAGGAUUCCUUGGAUGAGAAUGACCAUACCUNACAACAUCUCUUAUCCCGUCUACAAAGGCGCCCAGUACGAUGCAUCAGUAACAAACUUGACCUACCACAUCCCAUCGCACAACUCGUCGUCGGAUCAUGUCGAGAUCGUCCUGUCUUUCCUGUCUCCAGUCACACCCUCGUCCACCCUCCGCCAAUCCAUUCCAGCAUCGUACCUUAGUAUCCAUGCCACAGGAAGCUUUGACAUCGACGUAUACAUCGAUCUGAACGGCCAAUGGGUCAGCGGAGACAGAGGCGCUGAAAUAGUUUGGGAGCUUGAGAAUGCCGAGACGGAGAAGCUGAAGAGUUGGGUUGUCAAGAGAAAGGAGGAGCUCUUGUUUACUGAAUGGAGCGAUCGCGCCGAGUGGGGAAGUCUGCGCUUCACUGGUCCCUCGGAUGUCCGCCAUGAAAGCGGAACAUCAGGCGUCCUGAGAAACCGCUUCUCCCGUACCGGUACGCUGCAGAACGAAAACGAUAACCGCUUCCGAAGCAUCAUGCAAGACGAGCCUGUUUUCGCUUUCUCCAAAUCCUUCAACCUUGCUCCUAACACGACUAGCCACAACAAGGCCAAGGCAUCCUCGGAAAGCGCUCUUNUCACCAUUGCCCAUAUACAAGACCCUGUCACUCAGUACGCCUCUGCUCGCGGCUUGACUUUCAUGCGUCCCCUAUGGAAGACAUGGUUCCAUUCCGAUGACAAUCUGACUUCGUUCCAUUACUUGGAUUUUAAGAAUGCUCAAAAGCUUGCCCAAAACUACUCCGACCAGCUGGCAAUCGACGCAUACCAGUCUGGCUCUGACUCCUACGUCGAUAUCGUUGCUCUUUCGGCUCGUCAAACCAUGGGAGCCACUAGUUUUUCAGGCACUGAGGAUAACCCAUUGCUCUUCCUCAAGGAGAUUUCCUCAAACGGAAACAGCCAGACGGUUGAUGUCAUCUUUCCAGCAUUCCCUUUCUUCCUCUACACUCAACCUCGAUGGCUGGCAUACCUUCUCGAGCCUCUGAUUGAGCACAUGCUUUCUGGUCAAUAUCCGAACGACUACAGCAUGCACGAUCUGGGUACACACUUCCCCAAUCUGACAGGACAUGCUGAUGGCAAGGAUGAAUACAUGCCUGUCGAGGAGUGCGGUGAUAUGUUGAUCAUGGGUCUUGCUUUAGUCAAUUCCUUAACAUAUGACUCUGCACAUGAGGCUCAAUCGAUAUGGUCUACCCUCGGCAGUGAUCACGUCCCGCUAUCCGAUGAAGCCAGUCCUUUCGCUCUGGUCACCAUGCAAAGUCAAGACGAAAUGUUUGGUCUCGAUGACCGUUGGGGUGGCUCGACUCAAGGAGUCAAACAGGCCCGUCAGUGGCUCGAAAAGUCUUACGGCUUAUGGAAGCAGUGGACAUCUUACCUGGUCGACUACAGUCUGGAGCCUGAAAACCAAUUGUCGACCGACGACUUUGCUGGAUGGCUGGCUCUCCACUCCAACUUGGCUCUGAAAGGUAUUGUCGGCAUCCGAGCCAUGAGCGAGCUCGCUACAGUCAUGGAUAAGAAUGAUGACGCGAAGCAUUUCCGCAACAUCUCGGAUACCUACGUUAAGCGCUGGGAAGAGCUCGCCAUAUCUCGCGACGGCACACAUGCAAAGCUCGCCUACGAUUGGUACGGCAGUUGGACUACUCUAUACUCGCUGUACGCCGAUGCACUACUAUGCUUCCAUCCUUCGACAACCAACAGCAGCAGCGCUCAAUCUGCCGACGAUUAUGCCAAAGUGUCAGGCAACAAGCAAACACCCAUUCUCGAGCCACCAACUCAUGACUUCAUUCCCAACCACAUUUACAAGAUUCAAUCUGACUGGUAUGCUGCGGUGAUGCAAAAGUACGGACUGCCAUUAGACUCUCGUCAUCUUUACACCAAAUCCGACUGGGAGUUCCAGGCUGCUGCAGUCGCUUCUCGCAAGACUCGAACACAGAUCUUGGAUAGAGUGUCUAAGUGGCUGAAUGAGACUGUCACUGAUAGACCUUUCACCGACCUCUACGAAACAGAGGGUGAGGGUGGUUUCCCUGGCCCCAACUUCUUCGCUAGACCAGUUAUCGGUAGUCAUUUUGCCUUCUUGACAUUGGAGAGAGCUUGUGGUGGAACUGCUAUGCAGGGAUUGAGUUUCUUGGAUGAGGAAUGA